UGGUACCGGCAUACUUUUAUUAUUGGCGAAAUGUUUUAGAAUAUAGGUCUAGAAAACAAUUUGUUCUUGUGAUGGCUGAAUGUCAGGAACAAGAUGGUGGUUCUCCACCAGAUGGCACCAACAACAUCCUGCUAAUCAUGAAUGACAACAGUGAGGAAAACCAGUCUAUUGCUCAGACUACGAUAACUUUAACAAACAGUCAGUCGUCAUUUCAGGACAGCAAUGUCGGCGACUCAUUAAUCAUCUGCAACAAAGACGGCGGGCAGCUCGACUCGACGACUCAGCCUGUACAGCCAAAUUCCACCGAGUCUAAGAAGGUGGAAGUCGUACAGAUCAAACUGGCGCCCGAGGUGGGAUCCGAUGGCAUCACGUGUAACCUUGACGACGAGGGUUUCCCACGGUGCAUCGUGUGCUCGGACCGCGCCAGCGGGUUUCACUACUCGGCGUUCUCGUGCGAGGGCUGCAAGGGAUUCUUCAAGCGCACUGUGCAGAAGAAACUGACGUACACGUGCAAGAACAACCAGAGCUGUGUGAUCAACAAGUACACACGGAACAGCUGUCAGUUCUGCCGAUUCAGGAAGUGUCUCCGCAUGGGCAUGAAGAGAGAUGCGGUGCGAGAAGACCGGUCGCCGGGCGGUAAGCAUCGAAAACGUCAGCGUACGGAGGAGACGGGCUCACAGUUCUCUUCCUUCCCAGCGGAUCACACAGACCUGAACGAUUCCCUCAUCGAGAGCUUGGUGGCUGCACGUCCAGACACGUUCCCCGCUUACGAAGGCAGCCAACCAGACAUUUCCUCCACUAUCAGUGUGAAUGAUCUGAUGCACUACGCGUAUGCAGAACUCAAGUACAUUAUUGAGUGGGCCAAGAAAGUGCCUGGUUUUCGUGAUUUGGAUAUGCCUGACCAGAUGGCUUUGUUGAAAUCAUCUUUUAUGGAACUGAAUGUUCUUAGACUCGCAUAUAGGUCUAUGGGUAUGGACAAUACAGUGAAGUUUUGUGAAGGGAUCGUGUUAUCAUCUGAUUAUAUAUUUUCGAUGGGCUGGGGCAGUGAGCUGAUUGGCGCUACGAUAGAGUUUGCGUCUAGACUUGCCGAGACGCACAUCGACAGAACAGAAUUCUGUAUCCUCAAUGCCAUCGUUCUCACGUAUCCAGAUGCGAUAGGAAUAAAAGACAAACUGACGAUCGUUCAACUGCAGACUCGUUUCCUGGACGCUCUGCAGCGAUACAUCAAACACCAUUACCCAUCAGACACGCGGAAGUACGGCAAGAUGUUGCUACGGUUACCGUCGCUUCGUACGGUGAGCGCAAAAGCGGCAGAACGUUUUCUCUCACUGACACUUGAUGGCAGUAUCCAGCUGAACGACUUAGUUCUGGAAAUGAUCAAUUAAGAGAUUUUCAUGUGGACAACUUUCUUCACUGCUUGAACAAUGGUAGUAUUGUGGAAAGAAAACAAGAUCUCCAACACUGCAAUAAAGCCAGGGCCAUAGCUGGGGGGGGGGGGGGGGGGGGGAUGCAGGGGAGGCAGUUGUGCCCCUCCCCAAAAUAAAAUAUCCAGAAAAAAUUAUAGAAACUUAAAGAAACUCCUCUUCUUUACAGUUUGAGGAGUUUUAGGUAUACUCGUUCAUUCCAAGAAUUCACCUGCACCCACACACAAAAAAUCCUAGCUAUGGUCCCAAUAGCCCACACUCGUACGAGAAUUGAAUGCAGGAACAACGUGUUAAUCCUGUCAUUAUCGAUAAAUCUUACAAAAUACUUAAAGUGUCUGGUCAUUUUCCAUGUGCGCAGGGUUCGAACUUAAGGAUCACAAUUUGCCAUCAUUGAGAUAAUUGCUGGCAUUGAGAUAUAAAUUGCCAUAGGACAUUACCGACGGCACUUUUGUGCCAUCGGUAAAGCUCCAUAACAAUGGAAAAAUGUAUGCACCUGGUGUACAUUAUUGGUCAGUAUAUAAUAUUUAUACAUUUGAAAUGUGUCUACAUACAGCAAAAUAACCUUUCAGUCAUGUUUAUUUGCUGCAAAAGUCACUUUUUAAAUUUUUUUAUGUAGGCAGGGUCAACAUUGUUGUCAUUGGACCGUUUCACACAUGACAAUUUUUUUUUUUUUUUUAAAUUGCCAUCUGAGACAAAUUCUUAAGUUUGAGCUCUGAUGUAUGCAGUUUUUGAUGCAAUGUGGGUGAAGAAAAAUUGAUGCAUAAAAUUGGCUUAUAAUAAACUCGAUGCUCUUGAUAACCAUAGAAUACAUAGAUUUUUUUGUUUAUGCUCUUGUUUUUCACAACCACAUUAUCACCAAAUCCCUUAGUCAUAAAUAUCUAUUAAUAACAGCUUGAUACAAAGAAAGUUUAGUUCAUAAAAAGGUUAAACAAUUUUCUCAUGCAAAGGUGUUGAUAGACAAUUAAAACUAGUUACCACUUGCAGUGGCGGAUCCAGAAAAUCCAUUUAGGGGAGCCCCAGUGACAUGAGGCGGAAUGCCACGGGAACUUUGCGGGAGGUUGGGAGAGGGAUGGUAAAAAAAUUAAAAAACAUUAAUAUAUAAUAAAAUUAUAACUCACAAAAUUUAGGGGGAGGGGGGGAAGGCCCCUGGGGUCCCCCCUAGAUCUGCCUCUGACUUAGUUUAUUUUGCUUUGAAUACAGGGCUGGACUUAAUCCCUAAUGAUAACAGCUUCGUAUAAAAUUUAAGUGACAAAACACUUGUUAAAAAAAAGAAGGUAAUUUUCACAUCCAAAUAAGUAAUGGACCGGCUUGAAAAAUAUUUAUGACUUAAGCUAGGUAUCCGUAAGCAGGCAUUGAAAUAAUCAUGGUUUCAGUUAGCCUAAGUACAGGUUAACACAAAAUACAAACAUCCACAAUAAAAUCACAAUUUCACCUCACCAUAUCGUAACGCCAUUUUUAGUGAUGAAAAAUACAAACGCAACAACACAGUCUUGUCUCACCGUGUAACAUGAUUUAUUUAUAUAAAAUACAAAUGCGCACAGUUUUAGUAGACUUAAAAUUUAAUCUCACCAUGUUGUAUCAUCAUCACAUUUUACUCAUUUGUGUACAAAAUACAAACACCUGCAGUGUUUAAUAAACUUGUAUCAACAAUUA